AUAAGCUGACUUUCAUUUUAUAUCAGACUUACACGUCAACAAAAUGUGUUUUGUUUUUUAUAUAUCUUUUUUUCUUAUUUCGGCCAGCGAAAUAUUUUGUAGGGAUAGAAAUAAUCGACUUUUACUUCACGAUGACGCUUCUCUUGUACAGGCAUAUCAGACAUUAGCUGCAGAGGUUAAUGCAAUGAAGUCUGAAAUAACAACUUUGAAGUCCACUGUCGCAACACUGCAAAGUUACACAGGAACAGGAGGACACAGCCUUUAUGUCAGAUGGGGCAGAACAUCAUGUCCUGCAAAUGGCACACAUCUCGUCUAUUCAGGUUUCUCAGCAGGAUUCUAUUACGGCAAAUCAGGCGGCGCUACAAAUCACCUCUGUUUACCGACAGACCCGCAAUGGGCUCAUUAUGAUGACUCGGUAACCUCUGGUAGCAAAAUAUACGGUGUGGAAUAUCAGUUUGGAGACACUUUUUCGGAUCAAGGAUCUGCUUUUUUUGGCGGGGAACAUAUCUAUGAAGAGGACGCUCCAUGCGCGGUUUGCCAGUCAACUAGACCGAUCAUGAUGAUGUUACCAGGUCGUCUUGAUUGUUAUCCAGGAUGGACCAAAGAAUACAAUGGAUAUCUUGUGUCUGAAGCAGAUGGGCAUGCUUCUGCAUCAGAAUACAUCUGCCUCGAUUCAAGACCGGAAGUUGUCAUGGGUGGGCAUGCCAACAAUAAUGGUCGCCUGUUUUAUUUAGUAGAAGGCGUAUGUGGCUCAUUGAAAUGUCCGCCCUAUGUAGAAGGUCGUGAGCUCACGUGUGUUGUUUGUACAAAAUAGACAACUAGGAAAAAUACUUCUGAUCCCCCAUUUUAAACUUGUUAUGAAAAGCAUCCUUUAAUUUAAGUAUUUUUAUAACAAAUUUUCCAAUUCCCUGGUUUUCUCAAAAUGCAUGUCAGACAUAAGCCUGGGAUUCAUCAGGCAUUGGCACUCAGUAAAUGACCAUAAUUUUUGUAUAAUCAAAUAUACAAAAAAAAACAUAAAGGCAUAAAUGCAUAAUAGAUAUUAUCAGAGACAUAGAUAGAUGUUAUCUAUGUCUCUGAUAUUAUUGUCUCUAAAGCGGAAUUUUCUAUAUGUAUCCAUUUAUCCACAUUUCUUGCCAUUCUGCAUAAUAAUAUC